AUGCUUUACUCUACUACCUUAAUUCUGGCCGGACUUUCCUGUAUCUCUAGCCACGCGGUAUCCACUGACACGCACCAUGAUGUCCCUGCCGACUUUGCUAAUGCAACCUCGACUCAAGGCGAUGAGUUUGGAUCUGCAACUACCUACACCGCGUACUCUGCUACUCCUUUGGUCAAGACUCCAGCCGGCUAUGGCCCUGAAUCGUCUGGAACACAGACAGCAUCAACCAUGAACUCAUUCGAGUGGCUAGAAAGCACUGCCACCAUGACUUCCACGGCUGCUGACAAUCUGACACCCUACUCCAACUAUCCUGCCGAGUAUCCUGUUUCUUCUACUGACGUGAAAUUUGAAACUGAGUUCAAGUCAGUUGCUACCUAUACUGCUUCGGAUCUACAAACAACAUCUACUUUCAGCGCUCCUGAACCAACAGAAACUGCUCUGCCAACUCCAAAACAAUCGGAAUUUACACUCCUCGAGGAAGAUCGCAAAUCGGGCCGACUUGUCUUUAUUCCUUACACUGCCGAGCAGCGCAAUAACAUUCUGACCAAUAUCGAAACAGCUAUUCCAGCCUAUUUUAACAAGGAAUCCAAGGUCCCCUAUAAAGACUAUAAAAUCUAUCUUGAUCAAAUUUUCAAGUACUUCCGUUCCAAUAUUACUGAUGCUGAAUUCCAACUUGGACUUUCCGAGGCCUUUACGUAUCUCCACGAUUACCAAACCUUAUUUACCAUGUCGGGUCCUUAUUCAUGCUUUCUCGCUACAACCGGAUUGAAAUUCCAGAUGGUAAAUGAAAAGACUGACAGCUGGAAAGUUGAGCCAACCGUUGUUGUUUCGGAGGUUACGACUGAUCCCCACCGUGUCAGUCUGCAUGGUUCAGCAUACACUCAAAUCCAGCAAGGCGAUAUACUUUACUCCAUCAAUGGUCUCAAUUUCACAGACUGGGAAAAUUCAAAUUGGUUCAAUUAUAGCUUCUUCAGCAAAAAGUCAUCUAGUUUUCAAUACGCUUCUUUGGAGAUGCUUCAUGCUAUGGGUGGUGGCAGUACUCCACUUCCUACAGACGAUUCUAUACAUUUUGAAUUUAAAUCUGGUUCAAAGAAUGGCACAAUGUACUCUGUCGAGGUUCCAUAUGUCAAUUACCGGGACGACGAAUGCUGGAAUAUGUCAAGCACGCUUUACAAAAAUUUGACUGGUGUAACGCUUGCCGGUACUCCUGCUGCUGAAAGUCUCCAUGAUACCGAGUCGCUACCGUUUACGUACAACACGCCGUACCAUGGCAACCUUGUGUUUAAAAAACGUGGUGAUUCUGUUCGGGAUAAGCUUUACCAACUGGAAAUGCAUGGUGCUACUUUGCCAACGACCAACAGCACCAGUAAUACCACGGAUUCAACUGCUGCUCAUGCCUUGAACUCGACUGCUGCAUUUACACUUCACUCGACAGCCUCUGAACAUAUCAAAUGGGGUAUCUGGAGCCCGCUAGACAAGAAUUUGGCUGUGGUUCGUCUUGAUACAUUUAUGCCAUCUGUAAACCAUUCUACACUGACUCCAGUUGCAGACACAUUGGAAGUGCUUCGAUACCUCCUCACCCAUCAACUCAAAUACACCCGUGCACUAGUUUUAGAUAUCCGUUCCAACUCUGGUGGUUUAUACGACUUUGCCUCGCAGAUUCCACAGUUUUUUAAACCUGACCAUCAUCCACUUCAAAUGCAGUACUUGGUCAACAAUGCCACCUAUUCACUGUUUGUCAAUCACACGAGUGUAGCAAGCCCGUUUUACAAUGCAUGGUUGUCCACACCACCUGGCAGCAACUACACGACCAUGAUUGACAUUGUGCCGAUGCAAAGUGUCAAUCUGAUUGGACAAAUGUACCUUCGUCCAAUGGGAGUUUUCAACAAUGGUGGAUGCUAUUCUGCAUGCGAGAUGUUUACAGCUAGUAUUCAAGACCACAAUAUUGGAACUGUGUUUGGCGAAGAUGGACAAACUAGUGGAAGUGGAAGCCUUUCUUUUGAUACUCAGGAUCUUGUCAGUCACAACCCGGUUGAUUUUACUCCAGCACCCUACACAUCUAACCUGACAUCUCCCGAUGGUCAAACCAAAGCUUAUAGUGAUUUUAGCGUCGCGGUUGCACAGGUUGUACGCGGUGCACGAUUUGUUGGACUUCCGAUUGAAGAGAUGGGUGUCUACACUGAUGUACUUGUUCGACCCACUCAUUCAGAUCUUCAGCCCAACGCAACAACAAAUACUCAAUUGGAUCGGAUUGCUGAUUAUCUUGUUCAAACGGGUAACUCCACCAAACAAAACCAGCUUCAUUUUGUCGCUGAGCCCUAUUUGUCUGAAAUCAUUGCAGGUCCAUUUACACUCACCUGCGAGGUUGCCGGAAUGGACAAUGUUACCCUGUACAAUACUGACGGGUUGGUUUUAUCAAGCGUCACCACCAAUCAGACCAACAUUCACAAUGUAUCCAUUACGGCUGAUACCAAGUAUACUGAAUUAGGGAAUAACCAUGUGAUGCUUGUUGGAUCCUCUAACGGCUCACAGGUGCUCAAAACGUAUAGAGAGGUACGAGUUGUUCCAACCCGCGCGAACCACCAUAAUCUUCUCUCGAGCAAUUUCACACUCGGUAAUGUGUCGACGCAUGUUGGUGUAUACAAUCAUCCUUUAACUCGGUCAGAUCAAGGAUGGAAUAAACAGGGCGAAGCUUGGGUGGUCAAUACCAAUACAACCAAUACACUGGGUGUAGAUACUACCCUCGAAUCCUUUUUUGUCUCGCCUGUUGGUUCUAAUGUAACGGUUGCAAUACACGCCAAUGUAGAUUGCACACCUGCGCAUGAUUUUGUAUACAUCAAGGUUCGUCAUGCUAAUGGACUGAUUGAACCUUUUUUCACAAGCACUUUCGACCCAUCUACACGUAGUGUGGGUAUAAGUGGUCGAAAUAAAACAGUUGAUGAGGCGUUUACUUUCACCGCCAUCACUGAUUCAUUCUCAGUCAUGCUGCAAUUUGUCUCGAAUGCAGGCAGUCUAUCCAACGUAAUUGUGCAUUCAAUGGCUGUGUCUACAGCCAUUGAAUCUAGUUUUCGACCAAGAUCUAGCGAUAAUGAGUAUGAAGAUGAAGAAAUGAAUGGGAUUGCCAACAACCAUUGUUCUUGUUUUGCAAAUAUCAAUACUGUUUGUCUGCUGAUUGAAACGGCAAGGCAACGACUACUUGCUGAUUCUAGCCUUGUUUUGACCCAAGAUCUCAGUGUUCCACUUGUAUAG